CCUCUCUUUCCCGUUCUGUCAGUGUCAUCUCCGGAGCGGUCGGUGCUCGAUUGGUUUCGUCUUGCUACAGAAACCAUGGAAGACCAUGAGGAUAACGUCUCAAUUCCCGAAUUCAACAACCUUCUCCAGACGGACCCUAACCUCAAAAACUACGAGAACGACUUCAGGAGGAGGUAUGACAUGCUAAGGAAGCAGGUCCUUCUGCUGGAGGAGGUAGAGGGAGGCGUUGACCAGUUCACACGCAGCUAUCGCAGCUUUGGUGUGCAGCGAUUGCCCGACAACAGCCUGUUUUUCAAGGAAUGGGCUCCUGCUGCUGAGGCCCUUUUUCUUACUGGAGAAUUCAAUGGCUGGGACAAAUUCUCUUACCCUUACUCCAAGAAAGAGUUUGGCAAGUGGGAAUUGACUAUUCCACCCAAGCCUGACAACUCUCCAGCUGUGGAUCAUCACACCAAGCUGAAGGUGGUAGUUCACACUAAGGAUGGUGAUCGCAUCUACAGGAUCUCGCCUUGGGCAAAAUAUGUGACCAGGGAGGAGAAAUCUGUCAUCUAUGACUGGGUUCACUGGGAUCCCCCUCAGCCUUAUGUUCACAUCCAUCCUCGCCCAAAGAAACCCAAGAGCCUGAGAAUUUACGAAGCCCAUGUUGGCAUCGGGUCCCCAGAGCCGAAGAUCGCCUCGUACAAAAACUUCACACACAACGUGCUUCCUCGAAUAAAAGAUUUAGGUUACAAUUGCAUUCAGUUAAUGGCGAUCAUGGAACAUGCCUACUACGCAAGUUUUGGAUAUCAGAUUACAAGUUUCUUUGCUGCUUCCAGUCGCUAUGGUACCCCAGAUGAGCUGAAAGAGAUGGUUGAUGUUGCUCAUUCAAUGGGCAUUGUGGUGCUGCUGGAUGUUGUCCACAGUCAUGCAUCCAAGAACACGGAGGAUGGCCUUAAUGCCUUUGACGGGUCCGACUCCUGCUUCUUCCACUCACCGCCGAGAGGGGAACACACUCUGUGGGACAGCCGCCUCUUUAACUACGCCAGCUGGGAAGUGCUGCGCUUCCUGCUGUCAAACCUGCGCUGGUGGAUGGAGGAGUACUGCUUUGAUGGCUUCAGGUUCGACGGCAUUACCUCCAUGCUGUACCAUCACCAUGGCAUCGGCACUGGCUUCUCGGGGGACUACAAUGAGUACUUCGGCCUACAAGUUGAUGAAGAAUCUUUGGUGUACCUGAUGCUUUCCAAUCACAUUCUCCAUAGUCUUUAUCCGGACUGCAUCACUAUUGCAGAGGAAGUGUCUGGGAUGCCUGCCCUUUGCAGAAGAGUGGAGGAGGGAGGACUGGGUUUCGAUUAUCGACUGGCGAUGGCGAUUCCUGACAAAUGGAUUCAGAUCCUGAAGGAGUUAAAGGAUGAAGAGUGGGACAUAGGCAAUAUUGUCUUCACGCUGACCAACAGGCGGUAUGGAGAGAAGUGCAUUGCAUAUGCAGAAAGCCACGACCAGGCCCUGGUUGGUGAUAAGACCUUGGCCUUCUGGCUAAUGGACAAAGAGAUGUACACCAAUAUGAGUACCCUGGUUCCCAUGUCGCACAUCAUCGACCGUGGAAUGCAGCUGCAUAAGAUGAUCCGCCUCCUCACACAUGGCUUAGGUGGAGAGGGAUACCUGAACUUUAUGGGAAAUGAGUUUGGCCAUCCUGAGUGGCUGGAUUUCCCCAGAGAAGGCAACAAUCAGAGCUACCACUACGCCCGGCGGCAGUUUAACCUGCUGGAUAUGGAUCAUCUCCGCUACUGUCAGCUCUACGCCUUUGACCGGGACAUGAACCGCACCGAAGACAAGUACGGCUGGCUGGCGGCUCAACCUGCCUACGUCAGUGCCAAGCAUGAAGGGGACAAGGUCAUUGUGUUUGAUAGGGCAAAUGUGCUCUUUAUCUUCAACUUCCACCCCAACAAGAGCUUCCAGGACUACAGAGUGGGUGUGGAAGCACCAGGAAAAUACAAAAUCAAGCUGGAUUCAGACGAGGUUCAGUAUGGAGGGCACGGACGGCUCGACCACAACACUGAUUUCUUCACUGAGCCCCAACCUUUCAACGGACGCUCCAACUCGAUGCUGGUCUACAUCCCCUGCAGAACAGCUAUUGUCCUGGCCAACGAGGAGAUAGAUUACUGUUAUUAGAGGAUGAUUGUCUCCACAGAGACCAGGAUUGAGAACAGAUUCCAAGCUCAAACUGAGUGUUAACAAUCACCUUCAUCUUAAAGUGUCAACCUUGCACACCAGCCAAAACCUACUUUUUUUGUCUCUGAGCCUUUUUCUGAAUGAAGGGGUGAAAGUAAGGCGUCUUAAAAUUGUGUGCUUUCAAAAUACCAUCUGUAACCUUAGACGGUGUGUAACCCCAUUUACUUCAGAUCGGUCCAUUUGGGAAGCGUCCAACCUAUCCGAGCAGCUAGAUGCUAAAAAUCAAAAACCCUGCCGAGUCCAUCCGACACUAGCCAGCAGCUAUUUCUCGGCUUGGUUGCAUUUGGCUUGUCAUCUGAAAAACACGACCAGCAACUGUGACAGAGCCAGCACUCAUUUAUUCAAACAUAAAAAAAGAUCAAAGAAAAUAAAGAGUAUUUCAGACUGUUAGAUGUGCUGAAACAGAAGUGAUUUGUUUGGAUUCCUUUUUUAUUAGAAUAAAAUACAGAAAGAGACACCAAAAUGUGUGUGUAUGUAACCACCUGUGACCCGUCUGUGUUCAACAUUUCCUGUCUGCAAAUAAAAAGUCCCUUGCACUAAAUAAUGAAUUGAUAAAUCAUUUUGUCUUGUAUAUUGUUUUUUUUAAAGCUACUCAAUGUAUAUAAAUGAUCUUGUUUUUUUAUACUCUGUGAACCUUUUCACAUUUUGUCACAUUACAGCGAUAAACCUCAAUGCAUUCUGUUGGAAUUUGAAUUCAAAACCAGAUGAAAUUCGGAGUAAUUUUGACGUUCUGGGAAAAUUGCACAUUGUUUUCAAAAUGUUACACAUAGUAAUGUGAAAAAUGUGGCAUACAUUGUGUGUCAAUGCUUUGCAGAAACACUUUAGCUGCAUUUAUAGUACGCAAUUCUUUAGGGUUACAUCUCCACCAAGUUUGCAUAUUUACUGAGACAUUUCCCUUUUUUUUCUUUUCAAAGUAGCUCAAGUUUAGCCAUAUUUUAGAUUUUAGUAUGUCAAUAAAAAUACAUUUUUAAGUCUCAUUAAAUUUUCUCAGUUGGGUUUAGCUCUGGACUUUGACUAAACCAUUCUGGCACAUAAUUAGGCUUUGAUCUGGAUCAUCUGUUAAUUUAGGUGGCUGCUUGUCCUGACCUCCACCUCAGUCUUGCGUCUUUUGUAGCAUACAUCAGGGUUUUUUUUUUCAUGAUUUCCUUCUAUUUAGCUACAUCCAUCACGGUUCACUUUCUCCUUUUCAUACAAGUGUCCCUGAAGCAUGAUGCUGCCACUGCCAUAUUUUACAGAGAGGAUGGUGUGUUCAGGUUGUAGUAGCAUCUGAUCUCCUGCCUCCCUGCCAGCACCUAAUGGCUAAGGUGUACAUAAAUCACACACCAUGCAAUUUAUUAUUAGAUGUUGGAUUGGAUCUCAGAGCACAUUCAAAUCCACUUCAUAUUCCUAGGAUGUUGUACUGAUUUAUUGACCACUUCAUUUAUGAAUAGUCAUCAGUUUGCCAUUUUAAAAAUCAAUUUGUUCAGUUUUUGCAUAAAAUAAAAGCAACGCUUGUGCUGAAAUUACCCGAUUUUUCCCUUUGCAUAAAGUUUUCUGCUGUCAUUUUACUGUAAAAUUCUCAAACUACAUCCCACUUCAAAACAUUGACACCAUCUCUCAGCAUACACCAGCGUGAGACAGAAGACAGUAUUACAUGUGUGACUCACAUACUUGACUACCUUAGGAAGCUGUGUGUGAUUUAUGUACACCGUGCUCAUUAGGUGCUGUCGCAUUCCCCUGGGAUCGUUCCCGAAACCCCCCCCC